GCGAAGGUUUCGUUUCUUCGAUCGUUCGUCCUGUUGCCGUAUACACAAGAAAAUCAACUUUAAAGAUGGGAGCGUCUAAUGAGAAGCCAGUCAAAUGUCCCCUGUGUCAUGAGGACUGUCGGAAUCAAGUGACGCUGACGUGCAAACACAGUUUUUGUCAGAGAUGUAUCGGAGAGAUAUGGAGCGUAUCUCCUACUGGACCUUAUUAUUGCCCCGAGUGCAAGUACGAAUACAAGCACCUACCCGACUAUACGGACGGAGCCUCGACGUCUACUGCCACCCCCAACGCAAAUUGGACACUUGGAAGAAAUAUGUCUGCACGAUACUCCCCUAAAACGUUGUCUAAGACAUUGCUUGGGAAGAGAAAAUCCAGUUCAGCAUUUCCUGAAAAAUACCACGGAGGAUACAGACUGGGUUCAGCACCAUCUAAGAAAACCAAGGCCACUGGCUCAGAUGUGAUUGACGUCAUAGAUUCUGAUGAUGAUACAACAGCACUACGCAAAAGAAGAGCUACAGCAGAUGAACAUCCACGUGGAAAUCAGUCUUCAUCAUCUAUGAGUGAUACAUCAACUCAGUGCACACCUCCAGAAACAACUCAGAUCACACCGCCUCGUGUUAAAUCAUUUCCAGAGAGUAACUCCGCUUCAGUAACUCCGGACCAGCCUGUCAUGGCUUCCUGUAGUGAUGAAGGGACACCCAGGAAAAGCACCACACCUCGAGAGCCACCAACCCCAAAAAACACCUCUGGAGAGCAGACAAGAGUCAGCCCCUCCAACAGUGAUGAGAAUCUGUCUGCCAAUGUUUCCGAUAGAUCAAGAGAGGGGACCCCCAGGAUCAACUCUAUCCCCUGCCAUUACUGUCCCAGUUCAGAUCAGAAAGUGGCAGUAAAGACCUGCCUGGUGUGCGGGGCCUCCAUGUGCUCCAAGCACCUGCGGGCACACCUGGAAAAGCCGGUGUUUAAGAAUCACCCGCUCGUGAGCGCUGUGGAAGACGUAUCGCUCUGGAGAUGCCAAGAUCAUCAGGAGAUGAACCGCAUCUACUGCCGAACGUGCAGAGUCUGUGUGUGUACCGUGUGUUCAUUGGUUGGAGCACACAAGGGCCAUGAGUGCAUCAGCAUCCGAGAGGCGGAGCAAGAGCUCAGGGGAUCACUAAAUAAUGAGAUGAAAAAAAUGCAGAAAACAGAAAAGUCCAUUCAGGAAAAGGUCUCUGAGAUCAAUGAGAGGAAACACUCUGUCAAGACGGGUCUUGAGGAAGUGCGGGCAGCUGUGUUGCAGCAGUAUCAGGCCAUGCGGGAGGCUCUGCAGCAGGAAGAGGAGCAGGCGUUACACUGUAUGGCCCAGGAGGAGAACAGAGUGCUGGGCAGCAUUCAAAAUCAGCUGGAAACGUUGCAAAAUGCACUGAUGUCUAGCGGAAGCAUAUUAAACACACUACAGGCAUUGAGUGAUGCACGAGGGAUGUCACAGUACCAGGACCAGGCUUUUAUAAUGGAAUACACCAAAAUAGGAGCACAACUGAGUGGAUUGUCUGACCCUGUGCAGAACCUUAAUCCUCUUCAGGAGGUAAAUCAAGGUCGACUGGACUGUCUUCAGGACUGGACUGAGCGGAGACUAGACACUGUGCUCAUUACACUGCCACACAGAGAUCCUUACAGACUGUUGCAUGGCAUAAGCCCGCAUCUGGAUCUUGAUACUGCCCAUCCAAAGCUGCUGCUGUCUGAUGAUAACAGGACGGUGCAGUAUACAGAGACCCAACAGGACUACACUGACCAGGAGACUCGCUUCAAUAUUUUCCCUCAGAUUCUAGGCUCUCAUGCUCUAGAUGAGGGCCGCUACUACUGGGAGGUGGAGGUUCCAAUGGAUGAGGGCCGAUGGAAGGUGGGAGUCUGUGAUGGACAGAUAGGCAGAAAAGGGCAAAAGGAUGCCUGUCGCAUUGGGUUCUACCCCAAUUCUUGGUGUUUGAUUUAUGAGAAGGGAAAAGUAGAGGCGCUGCAUGAUAAAGUGGCUUCGCCUGUGUGUGCCACUGGACUCUGGAAGGUGGGCAUGCUGCUGGAUUUUAAUGAAGGUCGGUUGUCUUUUUAUAGCGUGGCUGAGGAAGGAGCUUUGUCUUUACUGUACAGUUUCGAACAUUCGUUCACAGAGCCGCUGUAUCUGGCGCUGGCAGUUUCUAAAACGCAGCUCCGCAUCUGUGAUGUAUUUACCAAGCCCACUACAGACUAGAAAAUUAUAGUUACAAUACUAAGCAACACAACCUACUGUUACAUUCCAUAAAAUGUAAUUUCAAUAGUCAUGACUGCUAAACAGGUCAUGGAGAAAACAAGCAGUUCUUUUUUGGUCUUGGUUAAUAUUUACGGAAUCGCUUUUAAAUACGUGCAUAUCUGAAUGGUUUUAAAUGCUAAUCUUUUUCGUCUGGAAUAUUGAAAUUGUCAAAACAAUCUUUUUAACUGUAUUUUUAAGUAAAACAUUUGUAAUUACUUUUAAAGAUUAUUUUUAUAAACUGUCUAAAUAUUUAUUGUAUUCUCGAUUUAGUAAAGUAUAAAGUAUUGCACAGUUUACAAUUAAAUAAAACAGAAGCCAGGAUAAAUAUUAAUUCAGGAACUUAAUAAUUUACAACACACUAUAUACAUAAAGCCAAGCCAAGUUUUUUAUUAAAUCUUAAACAUGAAGUUAAACCAGUAAUUUGAUUCAUUCCAUCCACACCCAGAAUUAAUUUAAAUGCGUUUUUCUGCCAGUAUCUCCAACCUUAAUAUACUUCCAUAUUUUCUUGUAUUAUCUUUCAAAUUCUACAAAUGUUUCCAGCUGUUAGUCUGUCCUAUGUGUAUUUCAUUUCAACCCUAGAUGGCAGUGUUGCUUAAUAUGAAAUAGACUUGUACUUGUUUUUGAUGGUUAUUAUUCGUAAUAAGAAAACAAAGCAAAACCAAAAGACAAAGCGAAAUAUUAAAACCAUGCAGCACUUAUGUAAUUAAAUUCGGAUUCUUCUGGUUUACAGGUGAUGCACAAAUGCAUCUUCACAAUAAUGUUGUAUCACAGCAAACCAUCCAGCUCAUGUAUUACCUUUGAGAUAUUUCUUGGUAAAGCAUUUCUUGGUAAAGCCCCUUGCUUUUCUCUUUUUUGUAUGUUUUGUACAUAAUAAUGAGCCCUUUUAUUUUCAUUUAUUCUACAAGAGACAGAGACACUAUAGUGGGAGGAUCAGGUGUAAGACAAUAAUGAGUCAUCUGUUCCAAGAACUGUUAUGUGUACCGUCACACAAUCAGAUCCAUGCAGAUUUACAAGUUAAUGAAAAAGAAGUCUUGUGCAAAGAAAAAGAUAUGCACAUAUUAACAGAUUCAGACUUUAUUAUUAUUCAUAAAAAUAAGUAACUUAAAUUAACUUUUAGAAAAUUUUUAGAUCAAACUUUACCUAAAAAUCCAACAUUAGCAUUAAUGAAAUCAAACCUACUUCAGGACCAUUAAAUAUUUUUCAUUGUGACCAGUUCUUUUUUUCCCCUAUCUGAGUUUGGACAUUAUUCCCCUAUCCAAGUUUUGUUUUUAAAUUCCCAAUUUUCAAUGGUGAUUCUGAUCAUCAUAAAUAAUGCGACAGAGCAAGAAAAUAAUGUAAAAAUUUGUUAAAUCUUGUAAAUAUAAAAAAAUCAGGGGUCACUUCUCACUUUGCUUCCAGCUGCUUGUGCACUACAGCCUGAGAAACAGGUGCAAAGCUGUUCUGUCACUUUACCGUAACCGUCAGAAUAAUCUGAGCUGCUUACCGCACACUGACCGCUCUCAUGGUUUCCCAGUGUGAAUUUAUAUAGUUCAAAACAGCUGAGACUUGGUAAAAAAUGAACUCAUUCUGUCUUUUUAUGAGAGUUGAGCACACAAAGUAAGAUCCAGAGUGUUUUAGUGCAAUAUUCAGAAUUCAGCUUCUUUCUCUUUAAAACAGCAGCAUAUGUUUCUGAAUAUCACAAUCUGUGGUGCUGGAAGCUUCUGUCAAGGUUUGGGACAUUUUUCUGUCUUCCUUCCUGAAUCAUUCUCUGUCAUCCGUGGAAUACAUUACAUUGGCUCAUCAUUUUCUUUCGCUCCUGUGAGAAUGUUAAUAUCACCCUUUUGAAACAGAUGUCCUCUGUCCAUGGCCAGCUGGCUAAUAUAUAUAUUCCAAGACCUGUCUCAAAGGACGAGACUUUUGACACGGUCCCUGAUGUGACUGACACUGUAUAUUUUUAAGCUACAGUAAUGCACCAAUGGCAUUUGGGAGGUCUUGGUAUGAAAAAUGUAUGACAUAACCAGGUCCCUUCGGAGGCAAAUUCAUUUAAGCAGAAAUAUUCACUUGGGGGAUUUCACACAUAGUUGACAUAUAAAGUGGGUUAACAACACUGUUGUUUCCUAUUCUGUUGAGAAGAUCUUCAUUAAGUGGGUUUGACAUAAUGUCAGUCGGUUAUUAAGCUGUCAUUCUGUGAGACCUCAAUUAGAACGGAUUGAAGAGAUCUCUCUUUGGUUUUGUUAUCCCAAUAGACAUUUAGCUGCUCAAAUCAAAUUUCCAUACAUAUCAUCUACAGGACAAGCUUCUUAGCAUGUUUGUUCCUCACAGAAUUGUAGGUUGUGUGUUUGCAUUAUCAGUCUAAUGAUGUUUACUAUAACAUUUGCAUUAUCGAUCUGUCUUGAUUCUAAACCAGCCUUUAUAGAUGUUGUAUAAACAAAUCACAGGUUUUAUCUGCUAGGCCACCACAUAAAUCUUAAAGAGACUCAUUGGCCAUGGACCUCUGGUUCGAUUUUGCUCAUCUUGUGUCUUUGGAGACGUGGUGGCUUAGGGACAAACAGUGGAAAAUAUUCAACAGUCAAUCAUGUGGUCAUCGUCUGCCCUGGGGACAAGAGAGAACUCAUUAGUGACAUUUAACUUUCACUCAGGCAAAUGGGAAUAUGCCUGUUUCAAUGUUGUGUUUGCUUUACUGUUUUUGCUACAGGCUACUGUAGUCUCCGCUGGGAUUUUUAUUCGUUUUUACUGGAUGACAUCUUUACAUUUGUGAAGACACUCAAUCUGCAAACAAUCUGCACAAAUACAGAAUCGAUAACUAAAAUAUGCUUGUAGUAAUGUCUUGUGAUAUCUUUGUCCAAAUUGUGUUUUCUUUCUGAAAACAAAUGGACUUCCAUAAAAUAAAAUAUUUAAUACUGUUUUUAGAGGAAAUACUGUACGUCAACAGAUGAAGAAGCACUGCACUAUCAAACCAUUGCAUGAGAUCUUUAAUAUGAGAUUGAACCUGAACAACCGUGCGAUUUUUGUCCCAUGUUGCUUUUAUGUUCCCAUGCUGCUGCUUAAAAAAGAUUAAAUCACAGAAGCUGCUCUGUAUCUCAAUCCAGCCCAGACAGGCAGGAAAUGAAACAUCUUGUAGCCUAAUAGAUGUCACAGAUGACAUCAGAAUAUUGUUGCUGUCCUUCUGAAACCUUGUAUGUCCAAUUUCGCUGUUUUUCAGGAAAUAGAAAAAACACAGUACUUUUUAAAUUAUUACAUACUUUUUAUUGGUUACAUAUUUGUCAAACCCAGUGAUAAACAUAAAGGCUGACUAAUAAAAAUGAUUUAAGGCAAAACAUAAAAAUCACGAAAUAUGGUGAUACGAGGUUUCAGAAGAACAGCAGCGAUAUACAUUUUUUAUUUAUACUUGGAGAUGGUGCCCAUAGCUCCUCCUUUUUAUAUAUCUGACUGACACAUAUGGCCAAAUGCAGCUCUUACCUACAUGUCACGCAGUACCGCUUCAUUUUACCCUUCAUUUAUUCUGGUCAUGGGAGUGAUUGCAAUCCGUCACAGCUGUGCUUUUCAACUGUAUACAACACCACCAUAGUUCUUCAACAAAUAGAGAAUAAAACAUGUUCUAGACAAAUUUUGAAUUUUUGUAUUGUAUCAUAUCAUCAGUUACUGCUUGAGUUAUGUAACUCCUAAAGUUUUAGUUCUGAAAAUUCUCUGACUUUUUUGAAUUGACACUUAUUUUAUUCAUCCUGUAUCUACCUUCCUACUGGAAUAUGACUCAGAGAUUCUAUCAGUAGUGUGUGACAUUAACUGGCUGAACUUUUGAUGUUGGCUGUUUGACUGUUGGCUUGUGCCAAGAGGUCCAAAAAGAUCUGUUGAGUCUAA